UUGCUUUCCGUCGGCGCAGAGCCUUGACGACAGCUUCUACUGUCAGACCUUCGUUACCACUCUCCCAUUUUUGGUCGGUUUACCACCACGGUUGAAGCUAUGUUAUCGCAUUCCCGAUGUCUUUCCCGGACACUCGGGCGGUCUCUGUCUGCUCUAAGUCAGGGGAAUAAUGUGCUGGCUGGAAGGACUGCUUCAGGCCUAUCCGUUGGCAACAGGGUUGUCUACAGGAACAGUCAGUCAUUUGAGUCUCCGUCAUCAGUUGGUGUCUUCCACAUCAGAUACUUCAAGACGUCUGCAGCGCACAGGGAUGAGGUUGUCAAACCACUGUCUCGUCUGUGUCCUGUGUGGGAGAAAGCUGUUGGAGAUUCAGUGAAAGAGGAUGAGGUGGUGUGUGAGAUCGAGACCGACAAGACCUCGUUGCAGGUGCCGUCUCCGGCGGCCGGUGUGAUCACGGAGCUGCUCGUGCCAGAUGGAGGGAGAGUGGAGGCCGGGAAUCCCCUCUUCAAACUCAAAAAAGGAGCUGCAGCAGUCGCUUCUGUCCCGGCAGCAGAGGCCCCUGCAGCAGCCACUGCUCCAACCCCGGCUGCCAUCCCCGUCGCCAUGCCCGCGGUGCCUCCCGUGCCAACACAAGCAGCCCAAGCCAAACCUGUUUCUGCAGUCAAGCCCAGCGCACCAGCAGCACCAGCAGAACCAGCAGCCCAUGGGGCCAGGACAGAGAGCAGGGUCAAGAUGAAUCGUAUGAGGCUGAGGAUCGCUCAGAGGCUAAAAGAGGCUCAGCAGACUUGUGCCAUGCUCACCACCUUCAACGAGAUAGACAUGAGCAACAUCCAAGAGAUGAGGAAGCUCCAUAAAGAUGCUUUCCUGAAACGACACAACAUCAAGCUGGGUUUCAUGUCGGCCUUCGUUAAGGCUUCAGCACACGCUCUCAUGGACCAGCCUUCUGUCAAUGGAGUGAUUGACGAUACAACCAAAGAGAUUGUGUACAGGGAUUAUGUUGACAUCAGUGUGGCUGUGGCCACUCCCAAGGGACUGGUUGUACCGGUUAUUCGCAACGUAGAGACCAUGAACUUUGCUGACAUUGAGAAAACCAUCAACGGCCUGGGAGAGAAGGCUCGUAAUAAUCUGCUGGCUGUGGAGGACAUGGACGGAGGAACCUUCACCAUCAGUAACGGAGGAGUGUUUGGUUCCAUGUUCGGCACGCCCAUCAUCAACCCGCCCCAGUCAGCCAUCUUGGGCAUGCACGGUAUCUUCGACAGGCCUGUGGCCAUCGGCGGCAAGGUGGAGAUCCGGCCCAUGAUGUACGUGGCUUUGACCUACGACCAUCGGCUGGUCGACGGCAGAGAGGCCGUCACCUUCCUGCGUAAGAUCAAGUCCGUGGUUGAAGACCCCCGUGUUCUACUGCUGGACAUGUGAUCCCAACCUCCCAUCACUACUGCAGGGCCACGUUCAGUACACAGGACUGUUGCCUGACAUUAUAGAGGGUUAUGCUAUAAACGCAGAAUCAGAGUUAGCCAGCUAACUUUGAUCAACAACCAGAAAUAACUAGUUAUUGAUCUGGUUCAUUUAAGAAAGAAAGCUCAACUUAGAUUUGCAUUUAUUUUUUGGUUUGUUCGGUCAAUCUUGACCAUGCUCAUUUCAGUUAUCCCCCCCCCAAAAAAAAAAAAAAUGUAAAAAGUUAUUUCCGAAUAUUUAGGUAAGUUAGCUUGCUCUCGUUGACCCUGCUUUGUAGUAUAACCCUCAGAUAGAAGUGUUGUGAGUAGAGCAGACUUGAUUCCUUCUUAUACCCUCGAGAGGGAUGUUGUUUCAACAUAAUGCUCCAAAACGUUGUGCCCUGCUGAACGCACCCCAAAGCUAUUUAAACAUCACUCAGCCUCUGUAUAAAACCAACCCAUCCCCAGCCCCCCCCAAAAAAAAAAACACAAGCGACAGCCAAAUCUUGUCAUGUACUGCUUUUGGUUAAAGAGAGAGAACCUGAGUCCCUAAUCUGGUUGUGGUGUUUUGUCAAGAAAGGACAUAACAGAUAUAUGGGAAUCACGCAAACUGAGAAUUUAAUGUUGAGAUUAUUCACUUAAUUAUUGGGUGGUGUCAAUCUGCAGCUUUUGUUCAGAUUGACAUGUCAGAUUGAUUCAAUGGUUGGUCAACAUCAUACAGUGUUACCACUGACUGACUGAACCUACCAGGUCUGAUCUGUCUCAAUGUUAGUCUGACUGAACCUACCAGGUCUGUUCUGUCUCAAUGUUAGACUGACUGAACCUACCAGGUCUGAUCUGUCUCAAUGUUAGACUGACUGAACCUACCAGGUCUGAUCUGUCUCAACGUUAGACUGACUGAACCUACCAGGUCUGAUCUGUCUCAAUGUUAGACUGACUGAACCUACCAGGUCUGAUCUGUCUCAAUGUUAGUCUGACUGAACCUACCAGGUCUGAUCUGUCUCAAUGUUAGACUGACUGAACCUACCAGGUCUGAUCUGUCUCAAUGUUAGUCUGACUGAACCUACCAGGUCUGAUCAGUCUCAAUGUUAGACUGACUGAACCUACCAGGUCUGAUCUGUCUCAAUGUUAGACUGAUUGAACCUACCAGGUCUGAUCUGUCUCAAUGUUAGACUGAUUGAACCUACCAGGUCUGAUCUGUCUCAAUGUUAGACUGACUGAACCUACCAGGUCUGAUCUGUCUCAAUGUUAGACUGACUGAACCUACCAGGUCUGAUCUGUCUCAAUGUUAGACUGAUUGAACCUACCAGGUCUGAUCUGUCUCAAUGUUAGACUGACUGAACCUACCAGGUCUGAUCUGUCUCAAUGUUAGACUGACUGAACCUACCAGGUCUGAUCUGUCUCAAUGUUAGACUGACUGAACCUACCAGGUCUGAUCUGUCUCAAUGUUAGACUGACUGAACCUACCAGGUCUGAUCUGUCUCAAUGUUAGACUGACUGAACCUACCAGGUCUGAUCUGUCUCAAUGUUAGACUGACUGAACCUACCAGGUCUGAUCUGUCUCAAUGUUAGACUGACUGAACCUACCAGGUCUGAUCUGUCUCAAUGUUAGACUGAUUGAACCUACCAGGUCUGAUCUGUCUCAAUGUUAGACUGAUUGAACCUACCAGGUCUGAUCUGUCUCAACGUUAGACUGAUUGAACCUACCAGGUCUGAUCUGUCUCAAUGUUAGACUGACUAAACCUACCAGGUCUGAUCUGUCUCAAUGUUAGACUGAUUGAACCUACCAGGUCUGAUCUGUCUCAAUGUUAGACUGACUGAACCUACCAGGUCUGAACUGUCUCAAUGUUAGACUGAUUGAACCUACCAGGUCUGAUCUGUCUCAAUAUUAGACUGACUGAACCUACCAGGUCUGAUCCAGUAUAUACGACUAGUACACAGUGUACUGUACCAUGUGUAUCCAGUAUAUACCACUAGUAGACAGUGUACUGUACCAUGUGUAUCCAGUAUAUACGACUAGUACACAGUGUACUGUACCAUGUGUAUCCAGUAUAUACGACUAGUAGACAGUGUACUGUACCAUGUGUAUCCAGUAUAUACGACUAGUAGACAGUGUACUGUACCAUGUGUAUCCAGUAUAUAUGACUAGUAGACAGUGUACUGUACCAUGUGUAUCCAGUAUAUACGACUAGUAGACAGUGUACUGUGUGUAUCCAGUAUAUACGACUAUUAGACGUGAACUUGAGAUAGAAACGGACACUUUUUAUUUUUCUUCAAAGCAUCAUGAAUUUUGUGUACUUUUUAUUUUUAUUUUUUUUAACCACCGUGAUUUUCAUUGAGCUGUACAUGUAAUCUAUCCGUGCUCGUGAUUUAAAGCCAAUACAUGUUUUUAUAACGCUGCCCUAAAGAAGUGCUCGGUCGGACAAGAUGAAGUCCAUUCUGAAGCUCCUGUGCUGUUUGACUAUCCCGGGUCCGUGUUUUUGACAGAGCUGUUCAUGGGGGAUGCAGACGCCUGUCUCCCCUGUACGUCUCUUGGCUUCCUACUGUUGCAGUAACUUCUGCUUAUUUUGGGGUGACUGUCCUACUGAGCAGCAUUGGGAAGUGAUUGGAAUCUCAUGGAAACUACCACACGCAUUGGACUGUGUCCAUAAUGGCAUCCUAUUUUGUUUAUAUAGUGCACUACAAAAGUAGGGCGCUAUAUACGGAUUAGGGUGCCAUUUCAGAUACAGAUAUUGUCUUUGAGCUUUUGGUAGAGAAGGGAAUAACCACUUUCCGUCGUGUCUCUCUCCAAAUGGACUUCUGUCUGUCCGCGAGAAGGUACCAUGCUGUAGAACACCCGGACGCUAGGUUGGUUCAGGACUUACACAACACCGUUUUGGGAGUAGUUUUCAAAGGAGCACAAUUUAGCAGCAUGCACAAUGUUUUUCUCAUGAUAACCUCUUCUUUGUGGAACCCACCCAGGUGAAGAUUCUGUCUGUGCUGUAUACGAUGCUAUGUAACUAUUUAAAAACAGCUAUUGUAGGUAGCAACGCCUAAUAACGCCACGUAAUAUAGCAUUUAUGAUGGGUUUAUUAGUAAAUUGUUUAUUUAAUUAUUACUCCAUUCAUAAGAUGUUUUAAUAUAGGUAAUUUAUAAACCAUUUAGUUAAGUUGUUAGUUUAAAGUAUUUUUUUGCUUGAACCUCAUCUAAAGUGUGGGUUAUUUAUAAAAAUAUAUAUAAAUAUGUAUUAUUUUGUGAGGGUAGAGACUUUAAAAACCCGGAACUCCCAGAACUAAAUCUACUGACAAGAUGAUGCAAGGUUUCAGUUCCGGGUUAACUGAGAUAAGACUGCUCUUAAGGCAUGACUGCAAACCACACUUUGCUUUUGGUAGAAAGGUCACUGCCAAGAAACGCUAAUGUUCAAAACAUCCUCGGUGUUGUGGGCUUAUUGUUUGACCGUUGACAAAGUUCGAGGGAACGUUUAGAGACCUUAGGGAGCAUCAGAUACUCCUGGAAUGUCUACCAUUGACCAUGUCCAUCUUCUGGUGAGGAAAUUACACUGGUCACACAAAACAUUUAUAAAAUUAAUUAUAAAGUGUAAAUAGACAACUUUUGAUUAGAUCAUGCAAAAAUAAUUUACUAACGAUUAGUAGAUGGUUUAGAAGGACUUAUAUUAAACAUCUUAGGAAACGUUAUUAAAUACUUUAAAAGUUGUUUUAUAAAUGUGUGAAUAACUAGGUUACUAACUUUUUUUUUUUUACAAAUGUGAGUAAUGAUGAAUAAAGGAUUUACUAAUCCAUUAUAAAAUGCUUUUAUGUAGAGUUAUUAUAGUUUGCUACCCAACAUUAAAACAUCUUUGUUUAAAUUGA